AAAUACUUUAAGUCAUAUCACUACAAUUUUCUAUCUACAUAGUAGCUCCAACAAAACGUAUAUAUAAUUUUGUGUCUGAAAAAAAUAAUACAAGAGCAUUACAAAACGAGACCGUGAAAUACCUGAAGAAUAUAGAAGCUAUCUAGAAACCACAAUGCACAAUUUGAUAAAGAGUCGCGCCCUUUUCGAGAUCCUCAAGCGGCCUUUGCCGGACAAUUACUUUGAGGACAGCGAGGAGGAUUGCGAAGAUACUACCAUCGAUCUGGCAGGUCCAAAGGCGGUGAAGCUGUGUGCCAAUGCUCCGGAGUUUGUGCCGCGCUUCAUGAAGGCAGAGUCUACCCAAGACGAGGAUAAAGUGGAUUUGACCGAAUUAAAGAAAAUGUUUGAGGCCUUGGACGAGCAAAAGAUGUCCUUUGAAGAGAAAGACGACUUCAAAGUGGAUUUGACUGAACUAAAGAAAAUGUUUGAAGCUCUCGAUGAACCUAAGCCAAGCAGGUCGAUUAAAACGCUACCUUGGAGGGGAUUCCCCAAGAGAAAUGAUGGAAAUACUCGCAGUACACAGGUGAUUCUGUUGAAUGAUCUGGACUACAUGAUCGUUCCUCGCCACAAGAUAAACAAAAAUUCGCAUGAGGAACACCUGGUUAAUCCGUCUGAAUGCAAGGAAAAUAUUGAACCCGAUAUCGCUUUCCCCACAACAUCCUAUUUACCAGCUCCCGAUGACAGGCCCGCAAAGGCCUAUCAAAGGCGAGUCGAACAGGAACGAAAGGUGGCCUUGGAAGCCCUGAAACUGGUGGAGCAACGACGCAUGAGGGAUCCCCUGGUGCCCUCGUCGAAUCAGGCCAAUGACAACUCGGAGAAAACCCAGCCGGUUGUGCAUAUCUCUCGAUCGCCCAUAAGAUUUUCGCCAGAGGAAAAACUUAAAGUGGAUCGUUUGCGAAUCGCGAAGAGGGAGCGAAUCGAAAAGGCCCUUUUGGAAAUGGAAAGCGAGAAAAAAGAGCAGCAGCUAUUGGAAUUGGAUCAGGAGAAACGAGUCCUGGCGCCCAAUCGUCAAAGCAGCGUUCAAAAUAAUCCUGAAAAGGAGAAGGAGGUGGAGGUGGCCACCAAAAGAUACAUACCCACCGUCAAGGAAUGGUCCGAGCUACGUCGGGCCAGGCACCUGGCCAAGGUGGAGGGCGAUAAAGAGAACGUUAAGCCAGCUAAAACCAAGCCACCUGUAACCAAUGCCAACGAAAACAAUAGCAUUCCAUCAAAGUCUUCUAAAAAGGGCGAUCCGGGGCAAUUUGCAGCCAAACCGCUCUAUUCUCCACCAGUCAAACUGCUCGAAGUGGAGAAGCGCAGGGGAAAUCUAACCCAUUUCCAAUCGUUUCGCAAGUUUUCCAACCGUAGAGGUUCUAAAGCUCCGAUAACGAUAGUGCUCGAUCAAAACGGAAAAGUCGUACAACGCUAUAGUAUUGAGGAACUGCUGCAGUUCGAACCGCAGCCUGAGGAUCUUGAGAAACCCAACAUCGAUGGACACUUCGAACGAUUUGGAUUUCUGUGCAAUUGAUAUGAUCACCAUUUAAUUCUCUCCGUAUCUUUUUUUUUCCGUAUCUGUUUAGUUUCUGUUAUGUUUUUUGGUUCCAUGUUGAUCAGUUUUCAUUUGUUAUUUAUUUUGAAUUCUCAAUUUAAAAACCAUUUAACACUUAUGGGUAUUCAUAUACAGUACAUACAUACAUAUACAGCUGAAGAAAAAAUGCCAUUCUAAAUGUAUGUUUUGU